AUGCCUGGCAAAAAUUAUCAUCAUAUUUCAGAUUUAUCACUCUUCUUGAGAGUUCAGAGUGUAUGCGCUGGAGCAAUAUAUCAAGGCUACACAAUGGCAGAGUUGUUAUUCACUGGUGCAUAUAUUUUAAGUAAGAGUGGUAUUGAUAUUUUCGAUAUGUCUGAUCCAAGUAAACCUGAGACAGAAAAUGCUCAUUAUAUGCCUCUACUUAUUGGGCCUAUAAUUUGUGUGUCUGGUUUCAUCGUUUCUUAUUUCAUUCCUCUUUUUACUACAAAAAUUGAAAGACGCUAAUGCAUGAUUAUUUCAGAUCUUAUUUUUUUAAUAGCAACUAUUUUCACUUAACUACCAACUUGGGAACUAUUCAUGAUAUCUCGCCUUUUAAUGGGUAUAACGUGUGCAAUUGAUCUUGUAGUAACUCCUUUAUACAUCCGUGAAAUAUCUCCUGAUAAUAUGGCUGGUAAAACAGGCUGCAUCUUCUAAGCAAAUAUAUUUAUUGGUGCAAUCCUUGCUUUUUUACUGCAAAUUCCUGUUGACGAAUUUUCUAGCAAUGACUAACCUAUUGGAAAUAAAUGGAGAAUUGUUUUUGUCUUUCCUGCUAUUUUGUCAAUAAUAAGAAUAAUUUCAAUACUUGUAUUUUACAAAAUAGAUACUCCUUACCAUUAUUAUAGAAAAGGAAAUUAAGACUAAGGCAAGCAAGCUCUAUAGUAAAUAUACUAAGAGAAAUAUGUUCACCACUUUGUAUAAUAGCAUUAAAAACCGAGUUCUAUAGAUGUCCCAGAUCAUUAGGAUAUUCAUAAGCGCAAGAUAGCAGAAAAAUAAGGUCUUUAGUCAGAAGCAGAGCAAAAAACAUUUAAUUUCGAUAUCUAAUAGAAGGUAGAAAUUAUAAAAUAAUAUGAGCAUUCAUAUAAAAAUCGUUUGAGAGUAGGGCUAGUAGUUAAUUUUUGCUAACAAAUGACUGGUUGUACAGCAUUAACAGGUCUUUCAAGUGUUGUAAUCGGUCUAAUUUCAAGCAACUAUGAGACUAAACGCUGCAUAAUUUUGGGAACUUAUUUUUUCCUUCUCUUUGUUGCUGUUUUAGGAGUGGCAUUUAACAGAAAACUAGCUCGUAAGAAAUAUUUAGUUGGAGGCUUCUUGCUAUGUUCAAUUUUUUAAUUUAUUCUUGCCAUAAUUAGUAGUUUCAAGUCUACUCUAAAAGAAAAUAUUACACUUUAAUUUGUCUUUCUGCUCUUUAUAUUUUUCUUUUAUGCUGCAUAUAAUUUUACUGUUGGUCCUGUUACAGUAAUAUUAACCACAGAUAUUCUCAAAGAUAGAGGCUUAAGUUAUAGCAUUAUGGCAAAUUGGCUUGGAAUUUUCUUUUCAUUUAUAUUGUUGAUCAAUCCUUAUCAAUAUAUAAAUCAUAUAAUUUAUGGCUCAUUUGCAUUCUUUGGAUUUAUAUUUUCAAUAAACUACAUUGUUGAAACAAGAUGGUUAAAUUUUAGCAAUAUCCAAGAGCUUUACAAAGACAUAUAAAAAGACUAGCAUGAGAGAAUAUAUAAUGAAUAAAUUAACAUACAUAAAAACCUUGAACUUUAGCAUUUAAUAACUUCAAAUGUUUGA